ACAUUGAUAGCGCAAGAGAAUGGCGUGCGGCUGUGCGCGAGCGCAACUCUUGGUACAGUACGAGUAACAAAGCAAUGUCCUCAGUCUGCAAUAGUGGGCCGUGUAGUGCAGAUCUCCGCAUUCACUUAACUCAGUGCCCAUGACAACAAUAUAGCGUGACAGUAUUAGCCUUCAACCAGUGAUUAUACUGCUAUACUUAAAUUCAUGCUAAAAUGAACACCAUGGAAGUGCAGGAGCGAAACGUGAAGCCCGCAGUACAACAAGAUUUGAUUCAGAAGGUGAUUGGAUCAUUUGGAAAAUACCAUCUUUGGUUAUGUCUUUUGAUAUUCUUAACGAAGUUCCCAGUUGCCUUCCACCAAAUGGCCAUUUUGUUUUUGUCACCAAAGGUGUCAUAUAGCUGUGGCGGUUCAGAACUUAAUAAUACAUGCCCGUGUCCUGACCCGGUCUACGAUACUUCAAUAUUCACGAAUACUAUCAUAACAGAAUGGGAUUUGAUCUGUGAUAGAAAAUGGCUCACGAGCUUUACGCAGACAAUAUUUCAAUUAGGAACAUUAUUGGGCAGUGUUUUCUUUGGAAUGGCGUCAGACAGGUUCGGAAGAAAAAACCCUCUUCUAGUAGCUGUAGUGAUGCAGAUAGCGUGUGGUGUAGGCGCUGCGUUUGUUCCAGAUUACUGGACAUUCACCUUUUUAAGAUUUAUCAUUGGGAUGUCAGUGGGUGGCACUAUGGUCACUGGAUUUGUCAUCGUUAUGGAGUUCGUGGGAACACAGUACAGAGAUCUCAUCUCAGCCCUUUACCAAGCCCCAUUUAAUUUGGGCCAUAUGGCAUUGCCCCUUUUCGCAUACUUCUUCAGAGAUUAUUCUGAUUUUCAAUUAUCAAUAUCUGCUCCUGUAGUAAUUCUGCUAUCAUAUUUCUUCCUCAUCCCUGAAACGCCCAGAUGGCUCAUAGCAGUUAAACGUACAGACGAAGCUAUUGAAGUAUUGGAACGAGUUGCUAAAGUGAACAAUCGCCCCACAGAUAACAUCAGAGCAGAUAUCGAGGCGUACCAGGCAUCUUUAGAGAAACACCAGCUGAAGAAAGGAAACUUUUUAGAUCUCUUUAGGACUCCGAAUCUUAGAAAGAACAUUAUAGCCAUGGCAUUUAACUGGUUGGCGUGUAGCUACUGUUUCUAUGGCGUAUCGCAGUAUGUGGGUCAGUUGAGUGGCAACGUUUUUAUAAACGUAGCGUGCAGUGCAGGUGUCACUUUACUGGGCACGUUCUUAGCCAUACCUUUGAUGAAAGUUAUGGGGAGAAAAACGAUCGUAAUUACAUUCCACAUUAUUUGUGCCAUCUGCUUGUUAAUAUUGGCGGUGAUACCGGAAGGAGUGGGCUCAGUAAUUAGUGCCAGUAUAGGGGUAGUUGCCAGUUUUAUUGUAUUUUUGGUUGUAUAUUUAUAUUGUACCGAGAUGUUCCCAACUGUUGUUCGAAAUGCUGCUCUGGGUUUCUCGUCGAUGGCAGCUCGGAUUGGUUCUAUGGUAGCACCCUUUGUGAUAGGAAUGAGAGAUACAGCGUUGUGGAUGCCCCCAGUGGCGUUUGCUAUUCUGCCACUGUUAGCAGCCUUUAUAACUUUAUGUCUACCAGAGACUAAAGGUUGUGAAUUGACAACCACUAUAGAAGAGGGUGAAGCGUUUGGAAAAAAAACGAAACCUCUGAAAAAAUAGACUUAAAUGUACAAUAAGGAAAAAUAGAGUAAAGUAUUUUAUGUAAAUAGUUAAUGUGUGUGUAGAUUUUAAGUAAACAAAUUUGUAAAUAUAAUUCGGCGAUUGAAUCCGUACAUAGGAAAACAGUGAUUAUAAUGAACCAAUAGGUUAAGGUAACACCGCGAAAAAUCACACAACAAAGAAAUCCUGUGAGGAAAAUCACGAAGAAAAGGUACUUAUAGAAAAUAUUAUUUUUUCUUUAUGUUUUGAUUAUGUGAUCAGCUGAAGAGUGAUGUGAAUUUCAGCAAGACCAUUCCCAAGAAUCAUUAUUAUAUGUUACAAGAGCAGGUAUGCGCAAACUGCUCUUGUUUAAUAUCUUCUCUGGUAGUUAGUACCUAAGCACGGAAGUAGCACUGUGAUACGACA